AGCACUCGCUCAUGAAAUGUUAAAACUCUGGGCACAAAGAGACAACGAGGUGCUCGAUUACAUGUUUUACUUUGACAUGAGACAAACAUCCCACAUCAGGACGGACACGAGCUUGGAGGACCUCCUCUUCAGUGUGUUCAGUGAACCAGAUGAAGGCAAAGAAGAGGUCUUACAGGACAUUAAGCUGAACUCUGACAACGUUACACUCAUCUUUGAUGGAGUCACAGAUCUGUCUUCAUCAGUGCUGAAGAGACUUGUAGAGAAGGACCUACUACCUGAUGCUAAACUCAUCUUGACUUGCAGACAGGAUGAUGAGGAAGAGUUCGCUUCUGAGGACUUUUUCAGAGUGGAAGUAAAAGGCUUUAGUGAGCAGACUAUAAAAACAUACUUAUAUGCAAUGCUCGGCAAAGAACAGAAGGUUGUGACCAACGUGGAGUUGUUAACUCUGUGCCAUGUCCCAAUGUAUGCACUGAUGGUGGCUGUCUGCUUUUCAUUUGAGACACCAGAAGACUCUCCACAGCCAUGCACCAUUACUGAAAUCUACAUCAAUAUCGUUCGUUUUUCCCUUCAGAUGAACAACCACAACAUAAAAAAAAGAAAUCUAAAUCCUUUCAUCAACAACAAGAGUAAGGAGAUACUGUCUUUGGCUGAGGCUGCUUUUCAUGCAACUGAAGGAAAAACUGUGAACUUGACAGAACGUCCCUGUGAGGACAGCUGUGUCCUUUGCUUUCUGAAAGCACUUUUUAUCGACGUUGCCCACACUGAGACAAAAGCCACAUAUGCAUUUCUCCAUUACACAAUGCAGGAGUUUUUUGCAGCUCUGUGGCUCUUAAAGAAUCCAGAGAAAAUCAAGGACGUUUUUCAGCAAUGCCUCACAGAGGAGAAGAAACACAUGAAACAUCUGAUCCCUUUCAUGUGUGGAUUGUUAAAUGAGAAGAGCCCCAGUUUGAUGAACUGUCUGAUUCCAGCUCAGGAGCUCAAGAAUACAUCUAACUGGUUCUUCAAGGAAUUGAUGACCACGUUUUUCAACAGUGAGCUUGAGGAGGACAUACUCUUCUUCUGCCAGUGUUUGUAUGAGUCCCAGUGUCCUGAAGCAUGCGUCCACCUUCUGGACAAACUGGGCUGCCAUCUUGAUCUCAGUGGAGAGACUCUCGAUCCUUACCCUUGCUGCGCUGUGGCCUAUGUGGUCACUCAGUCAAAGAGGAAAAUCUCCCUGAACCUUGAGGACGUCACGGUGUCAGAACAAGGAAUGACACGACUAUUUGGAUGCCUUGAAAAUGUCCAAUGGUGUGACCCUCUGCCACAGCAUCUUGGGGAGAUCUUUCUUCUCAGUGAAGGACAGAGGACCGAUGAGCUUACUUGGGCCUUGAUGGAAAUCGGCUGCAACCUUCCAGUUGGGUCAGCUCCUGCAGUCUGGACCAUAAACCUCUCAGAGAGAAAGAGCUCCAUCCUCCUGGAAGUGCUGAAACUCCAAUCAGAGAAGAAACCAGUGGAGCUGACAGGCUGCUCAGAUGAAGAGAGUGAAGUGAGGAGUUUCCUACAGUGUCUGCCUUAUAUCUCACAGCUCAGGUCUGAGUCUCCUUCCAUCAUUACGUCGGUUUUCCAGUCAGCUCCUGCAGUCUGGACCAUAAACCUCUCAGAGAGAAAGAGCUCCAUCCUCCUGGAAGUGCUGAAACUCCAAUCAGAGAAGAAACCAGUGGAGCUGACAGGCUGCUCAGAUGAAGAGAGUGAAGUGAGGAGUUUCCUACAGUGUCUGCCUUAUAUCUCACAGCUCAGUGUUCAUCGGUGGUCAGAUCGAUCUGAAGGAGUCAGGUUCUUUGUGAAUCUGUUCUGUGCAGCAGAGAGAGAACAGCUGACAGGAGAGAAGACUCUGGAGCUGUUAUCAUCCGUGUGCAGAUAUGAAACAUUCCCUAUUAGAGACCGGGGGUAUGAUUAUUAUGAUGAGGAUGAUGACACCAUUAAUGAAUAUCAGAGUGAUUUCCUGCUGGAUCUGUACUCCCACCUGAAGAACUAUGAGACUGAAUCAGGUCUGAGUCUCCUUCCAUCAUUACAGUCAGUUUUCCAGUCAGCUCCUGCAGUCUGGACCAUAAACCUCUCAGAGAGAAAGAGCUCCAUCCUCCUGGAAGUGCUGAAACUCCAAUCAGAGAAGAAACCAGUGGAGCUGACAGCCUGCUCAGAUGAAGAGAGUGAAGUGAGGAGUUUCCUACAGUGUCUGCCUUAUAUCUCACAGCUCA